CUCUGUUUCUGGGUUUUUCGAUCUAGUCGGUAGUGUUCCAGAAAUAAGAGCCAUGUUUACACUCACGAGAGGUACCGAAGUGGAGGUGCUGAGCAAGAGGGUGGUUGAAGAAGGCGCGUGGGUUUCCGCAGAAGUCUUAAAGACUACUGCGUAUACGUGCACGGUCAAGUACGGUAGCGGCGACGGAAUUGUAGAGGAGACAGUUCCAAGAAUGGCCGUCAGGCCUCUUCCACCGCCUUUGGAGGAGGGUGCGGCCAAGUUGACGGCCGGUGAUCUUGUCGAGUGCUGUCACAACUAUUCUUGGAAAACAGCAAGAAUCUUGAACUCUGUAACUGAUAAUAUCUUCUUGGUUCUGCUUCUCGGAGACUCCGACGUCGGAUUCACUGUCCACAAAUCUUUUCUCAGGGUCCGACAGCGUUGGACAGGCGGCGGGUGGCGUGUUCUUGAAAAAAACUCCCCGGCUGGAUACAUGGAAAAGAGGAUGAACGCAUGCGCAAAGAGGAAGCCGUGUGGGGAUUAUUCUCCGAUCAAGGAAGAUACCAGAAAAAAUUUAACAGAUUUAUACAUGGAAAAGAUCAGGAAGUGCAAAUGCUCAAAGAGGAAGCCGUGUGAAGAUUACUCUCCGAUCAAGAAAGAUACCGCAGGUCGUUUGGAUGAAGAUUCUGUUGGUAGCUGUAGUUCUACUGGGAAAGUUGGUGAUUUUUCUGUAACAUGCCGUCCUGAAGGCAAUGAGAGUGACGCUGAAUCAAUUUGCACAGAAAGGAGGAUUACUAGUGUUGAUCUUAAUAUAACCUUGUUAUCAGAUGAUGAAGAAUUUUGA